AAAACACCACUCAAUGUGAUGCAUUAUGCAUAGGCUAUGAUAAAAAAACAGAUUUUUCAUUUCUGAUCUUUCAUCAACAACAACAACAUUCUCAAUGGCUAUGAUGAGUUCUUGCACGUAAAUGUAAGCCUUUUCUUCCUUUACAGCACAUAAAUUUCCAGUAAAAGGCAACACACUUAACACUCAUAUAUUCAAAGAGUUGUGCAAAGUAACACAGAGCAAGCUCUUUCCAUUCACACUAAUGGCUACAUUCUGUACAUACAUGUUUCUUCUCUCUGUGACCUUUCUUCCACUCUUCAACCUCACUUCAUCUUCAUCAGAGGGAGAUAUGAAUAUCCUUCUCUCCUUCAAGUCCUCCAUUGAAGACUCUAAGAAUGCAUUGUCAACCUGGUCCAACACUUCAUCAAACCACCACUGUAACUGGACUGGAAUAUCCUGUUCCACCACCACACCUUCACCACUCUCAGUAACUUCUAUCAAUCUUCAGGGGUUAAACCUUUCUGGGGAUAUCUCAUCUUCUAUAUGUGACCUUCCAAAUCUUUCUUAUCUCGACCUUGCUGAUAACAUCUUCAACCAGCCCAUCCCUCUUCACCUCUCUCAGUGCAGUUCUCUGGAAACUUUGAAUCUCAGCACCAAUCUCAUAUGGGGCACUAUCCCAUCUCAGAUUUCUCAGUUUGGUUCAUUGAAAGUGCUUGACUUGAGCAGAAACCAUAUAGAGGGAAACAUCCCUGAAAGCUUAGGCUCCUUGAAGAAUCUCCAAGUUCUUAACAUGGGUAGUAACUUGCUCUCAGGUAAUGUACCUGCUGUGUUUGGCAAUAUGUCUAAGCUAGAGGUACUUGAUUUGUCUCAAAAUCCUUACUUAGUGAGUGAGAUUCCAGAGGAUAUUGGUGAGCUUCAAAAUCUGAAGCAGCUUCUGUUGCAAAGCUCUUCUUUUCAAGGUGAAAUUCCAAAAUCUUUGGAGGGUUUGCUUAGUCUGACCCAUUUAGAUCUCUCUGAGAAUAAUCUAACAGGUGGGGUUCCUCUGGCUCUUGCAUCUUCUCUCAAGAACCUGGUUUCUUUUGAUAUUUCACAAAACAGGCUUUUGGGGUCAUUUCCAAAUGGUAUAUGUAAAGGACAAGGCCUUGUUUAUCUCAGCCUUCAUACAAAUAGCUUCACUGGCUCAAUACCAAACUCCAUUGGUGAGUGUAAGAGUCUUGAGAGAUUCCAAGUUCAGGACAAUGGUUUCUCUGGAGACUUCCCUAUUGUGUUAUGGUCAUUACCCAAAAUCAAGCUCAUUAGAGCUGAAAACAAUAGAUUCUCAGGACAAAUUCCUGAGUCAAUAUCAGGAGCUGUUCAGUUAGAGCAAGUUCAGCUUGACAAUAACAGUUUUUCUGGUAAAAUUCCUCAAGCUCUUGGCACUGUCAAGAGCUUGUACAGAUUCUCUGCUUCUCUCAACCGUUUCUAUGGUGAACUUCCUCCAAAUUUUUGUGACUCCCCUGUCAUGAGCAUAGUGAAUCUCUCUCACAACUCUCUUUCUGGUAAAAUUCCAGAGCUGAAAAAAUGCAGGAAGCUAGUUUCAUUUUCUCUGGCUGACAACAGUUUCACAGGAGAAAUACCCUCUUCCCUGGCUGAGCUACCAGUGCUGACUUACCUUGACCUUUCAGACAACAAUCUAACUGGCUCAAUCCCACAAGAGCUUCAAAACCUGAAGCUUGCUCUUUUCAAUGUGUCCUUCAAUCAGCUAUCAGGUAAAGUACCAUCCUCCUUGAUUUCUGGUCUUCCUGCCUCAUUUUUGGAAGGAAACCCUGGUCUUUGUGGCCCUGGGUUGCCCAAAUCCUGUUUUGAAGACAUGCCAAGACACAAUAAUGGUGCUCUUACAACCUUAACAUGUGCUCUUAUCUCCUUGGCCUUUAUUGCUGCAACUGCAACUGUUGCUGGUGGAUUUUUCAUGUAUAGGAGAUCUUGCAAGGGGAAUCAAGUUGGGGCUUGGAGGUCAGUGUUCUUCUAUCCUCUUAGAAUUACUGAGCAUGAUCUCCUUAUAGGAAUGAAUGAGAAAAGCUCAAUGGGAAAUGGUGGAGUUUUUGGCAAGGUUUAUGCUGUGAAUUUACCUAGUGGUGAACUAGUAUCUGUGAAGAAGCUAGUUAACUUUGGAAACCAGUCCUCUAAAAGUUUGAAAGCUGAGGUGAAGACCUUGGCGAAAAUUAGGCAUAAGAAUGUAGUUAAGAUUCUUGGGUUCUGCCAUUCUGAUGAGUCAAUUUUGCUCAUUUAUGAGUACUUGCAUGGAGGAAGCUUAGGGGAUUUGAUUUCCCAUCAGAAUUUUCAGUUGCCUUGGGGAGUUCGAUUGAGGAUUGCCAUUGGUGUUGCUCAAGGACUGGCCUAUCUUCACGAGGAUUAUGUCCCUCACUUGCUUCACAGAAAUUUCAAGUCAAGGAACAUUUUGUUGGAUGCAAAUUUUGAGCCAAAAUUGACAGAUUUUGCUCUUGAUAGAAUCCUGGGAGAAGCUGCAUUUCAAUCAACUUUGGAUUAUGGAGCAGCAUCUUCUUGUUACAUUGCACCAGAAUAUAGUUACAGUAAGAAAGCAAGUGAACAAUUGGACGUGUACAGUUUUGGUGUUGUAUUGCUAGAGCUAGUGAGUGGGAGGCAAGCAGAAGAAACAGAGUCAAGUGACUCCCUUGACAUUGUGAAGUGGGUUAGAAGGAAAGUGAACAUCACCAAUGGAGUACACCAAGUUCUUGACCCAAGAAUAUCACAUGCUUGUCACCAAGAAAUGGUUGGAGCUUUAGAUAUUGCUCUUCGUUGCACUUCUGUGGUACCUGAGAAAAGACCAUCUAUGGUUGAAGUUGUUAGAGGUCUUCAGUCCCUUGAGUCCAGGACUUGCAUUGCAAAUUUGCAGGAUACAAAUGAGGAGUCCUCCCUUCCAGUCUGAACUUCUAAGGUCCAACUCAAAGACUGUUUUUUGUUGCUGUUGAGUCUUUAUAUGUAAAUAUUCUGGUUUAUAUUUCACAUCCUUUUUAUUUUCAUCUUAUGAUCUGAGUCAUGGAAAUGAUUUAUCUCAAUCUAUAAGAAAUAUUCAGUUCAUUUUUUUGUUUUAAAAUAAGUGCUAAUGUCAGUUUGUAUUGGUGUCUA